AUGUUGAGAGCAACGACCGCCAAGACUGUCAAACUUCCUUUAUGGAAAUUCUCUGCUCAGUGCUAUAGUACACCCAGUCUUGCCGAGCGCCUUGCAGGAGCAGGCCGUGGUCAAACAUUAAACAACAGUGAUCCCUUUGCUGACUUUUUGACGCCUAAAAAGAACAAUAACAGUAACAGCAACAACAAGAACAAGAACAAGAACGGAAUGAUGGGCAACAGAAAUAGAAAUGACAGUAGAAGAAGAAACCAGAGAGCACCUGUUGAAGGACAAUUUGCUGAUGCAGAAGAAGAAUCCAGCAAUAAGCCAAUUAUUAAAAAAGAAAUGAAAGACAAGAGACCUUUAAGAAAAACAAAAGACAGAAAACCUAUGCGUUCUGGUGUCAAACAUGAAGCUGUUCGCACUCGUCGUGCUACGUCAUUUAUUGACAAAGAUAUUGAUUGGACAGCUCUUUCGAUUGAAGAUGUGUCGACAUCAGAACAGCAGCAACCACAAGAACAAGAACAAGAGCAAGAGCAAGAGCAAGCGGUGGCUGUCGAUGAAAAAGAAUACCAACCUUACCUUUCAGUUGGUUCAGAUAUUCAAUGGUCCAAAAUCAUCAAAGGUGAUGUAAUGAGCACUCUCGUCGGAAGCAAUGCCACACUCGAUCUUCAACAAAAGGCCUUGUUCUUAUCUACUGUAGCCAAUGCCACUUCAGGUCAACCAUUAAGAAAGUAA